AUAAUUCACUUGUUUUUCUUUUCUCAUUAGCAGAACAAAACUAAAUUUUCAGUAGCGCAUGCAGUUAUGGUUUACGGUUGUUCUUGUUCGAUUUUUUAGAUAAUGACGUCAUGACUUUUUGCGUGACGUAAUCUUGACAAUCUUGAAGUUGAAUGCUCGCGCUGGACAUUUCGGAGUAGUUUAUCAGUUUAUGUCGUACGUUUAGCCGUAUUGUGCAGAAAUUCAGCGAUACUUUAUGGUCACGUCUUCAAAUUCGACCCUACUUCUCGCACUUGAACUAUGAGCAUUACUGUGAAAUUCAGUGUAGUGACGUUCAUUGAUCGAGAGACCACAGUUUCGGUUCUGGGCUCUGUUCCUGAGUUGGGGAGUUGGAAUCAAAAGAACCGCAUCGAAUUAACUCAGAGCGACUCGGAAUUUCGUCUGGGACCGGGGCUCGAGCCUUCCUUCUGGUCCAAAGAUGUGGAAAUGUCGUUUAAUGGCAAAUCAGAGCUAAGAUUUGAGUACAAAUUUGUAAGCCAUAAAAACGGAAAUUUCAUUUGGGAAGGCGAGGGCCCCUGCCACAACCGGAAAGAGGUUUUGACGUUGAAUGACAAAACAGCCAGCGAACUGCUUGUCAACGGCGUUUACAUUCUCCCAGUUGGUAUUUGGAUCGAGAAGACUGGCCAAGUGAAUGAAUAUGAAUACACUACAAGAUUCAUGUGCCACGUAGAACGACAACAAAUCAUGCACUACUGUAAAAUCUUCGAAAACAUAUGGCUUGGUUCAUGCCCUCGCCUGAGGUCUCAUAUCAUGGAUUUAAAAUCACAGGGAAUCACCGCUGUUAUAAGCCUUCAAACUGCUUCAGACAUUCAAAAGCACUGCUCUGGUAUAUACAGAUACAAUCAAAACCUACCUAUUACUUUGAAAAAGCUAUACAAAGAAGAAGGCAUUUCUUACAUAUGGCUUCCCAUGGAGGAUUUGAGCACAGAGUCUAGAAUAGAGAAUCUGCCACAAGGAGUAUAUCUACUCCAUGGCCUUUUGAAUAAUGGCCAUAGGGUGUAUGUGCACUGUAAUGGUGGUGUUGGCCGCUCGACAGCUAUUGUCUGUGGAUUCUUGAUGUAUGUCUUGCACUGGAGUCUAGCCAAGGUGCAAUACAACAUCUGUUCAAAGCGACCGGUCGCUUUCAUAGAUGGUCGUGCAUUGAUCACUGCAGAAAAAGAUUUCAUUCAAAAGUUUGGUCAAGUCAAGUCUAGAUUGACAUUUAUCCAGGAAUAACAUUAGACAUUGGAUUUGAAACCUUCCAGUUACUUUUUACUGUUAGAUUCUACUUUUUUUCUUCUGUAUUUAAGGUGCCAUAGAUGCCCAUAUUGUUUAAAUAAGCCCCACUAACUCUGAAGGGAGGCAAUAAAACAGUUAAUGUUAGUGAAGAAUUGAAAUGAAAAGGUUGUACUGGGAAUAUAUUUGAUCUAGACGUUCAUAGUUUCAUACAAAUCGUGAAACGAAGUUUCAUUUCCCCUUUACGCAUCAUAAAACACACUCAAUAAUGGUAAUCAUUUUUAAAUAAUGAUCAAAAUUGAUUGAGAUUACUAUUUUUUAGAAUAAAGAAAAAGGGAGGCGGGCUAAGAAAUGGGAAAAUAGUUCUAGUUAUCUAGAAGUUUUAUAAAUUGUUUUUAUUUGUUUAUUUGGGGACUUCCUUUACAUUAGUAUAGUUCCACAACAAAAUAAAGAACUGAACAAAAUAUAGGAAUAAGCAAACGGAUGCUAAUUUCUGGCAAGGCCAACUCUGACACAGGAACUACUGUUUACAGUAAUAGUAAUAAAAGUAAAACUAAGAAUAGUGUGACUAAUAGCUUGGUCUUAGUGAACAGCAUUUAGGACAUAUUGCCCUCCAUGUAUGGACCAGAUUGGGGUGCACUUUGUUUUAUUAUAGAGUUUUCACAUGCUCCUUAAUAAGCAUCAACAGGCUAAAAAGGGACUCAGGGGAUUUAAGGGACUCAGUUAAACUGUUCCAUAUAAUACGGCUGAAAUAAGAAUCCCUGAAGAGGGAUGUCAAAAAACGAUUAGGACAGAAAUUUAAGUAGAGGAUGUAGCCAAGGUGUGCACAUGGCUUAUUGUGAUAAAUUUGACUUAUUUGAUUAAGGAUACAUUACUAAGUUUUAAUGAAAGACGGCUGUCACUCUUG